AUGAAAGGUGGGUUUGCUGGUAAAUCUGCAACAAGGUCUGUUCAUUUGGAAGUUUUUGAGGAAGUUCUUGAUGAGGACAGCGCAGUUUCCCAAUCACAUGUUUAUAGCUACAAAGAAGCCUUCACCGGCUUCGCAGCCAAACUCACCGAAGAAGAAAAGGAAAACUUGGCUAGAAUGGACAAUGUAGUGGCUGUUUUUCCUAGCAGGAGCUUCCAGCUUCAGACAACCAGAUCAUGGGACUUCUUAGGGUUCUCCACCACUACAAAACGGCUACCUGAGUGCGAGAGCGACCUGAUUGUAGGUGUCUUUGACACCGGAAUUUGGCCCGAAUCUGAGAGUUUCAAAGAUGGAGGGUUUGGUCCUCCUAGGAAAUGGAAGGGAAUCUGCCAAAACAUAACUUGUUACAACAAACUCGUUGGAGCCAGGUUCUACUACACUGGAGAUAUAUCUUUGGCUGAGGAAAGAACGAUCGUUGACAUUGAUGGACGUGGAACUCAUACAGCUUCUUUGGACUUGCAAAAGGGACGGCUAGAGGUGCAGUUCCGUCAGCUAUAAUUGCAGCGUACAAGGUUUGGUGGAAAACAAUUGCUCAUGACACAUGUGAAGAACAGGAUUUUCUAGCGGCUUUGGAGGAUGCAAUCAAUGAUGGAGCGGACAUGAUAUCGAUUUCAAUUGGUUCGAAUGAGACCCACCCGUCUUUUAAGGACACCCUUGCUGUAGGAGCUUUUCGAGCCAUGAAAAGGGGCAUAUUGACAUCUGCUGCUGCAGGAAAUUCUGGUCCUGCUCCAUCAACAGUAAAAAAUGUAGCACCCUGGAUUUUGACUGUUACAGCUAGCAACAAUUGACAGGAAACUAGUGGCCAA